UCCGGAGGCGGCCCUUUCCUCGCCUUGCUGCCCGGAGCCUCCCGAUGGGCCUCUGGCCGCGAGCGCAGGGCGGGCAUGGAGCGGAGAAGCCGGGGGCUCCUGCUGGCUCUGGCGGCGGCGGUGAUGCUGGUGCGGGCGGCGAGGGCGCAGUACGAGAAGUACAGCUUCCGCGGCUUCCCCGAAGCGGAGCUGAUGCCGCUGCAGAGCGCCUACUCCUACGCGCUGGAGCAGUACGAAGGCGAGAACUGGAGGGAGAGCGCCCGCUACCUGGAGGCCAGCCUCCGCCUCCACCGCCUGCUCCGGGACAGCGAGGCGCACUGCCACAAGGAAUGCGCUCCCGCCGAGGGAGGAGGAGAACGGGCGGCGGGGUCCGAGCCGGGCGCGGAGGAGGCCGGCGCCGCGCUGGAUGACGAGUGGCUCCGGGAGAUGGAGCUCUUCGGGCGGCUCCUCCGGCGCGCCUCCUGCCUCCGCGGCUGCAAGCGGGGCCUGCCCGUCUUCCAGCUCAGCCCGCCGCCCCCGGAGACCCUGAAGGACUUCCAGCGCCGGGCCCCCUACCAGUACCUGCACUACGCGCUCUUCAAGGCAAAUAAAAUUGAAAAAGCCGUAUCAGCUGCCCACACAUUCCUUCAGAAGAAUCCGAAGCAUGAGAUGACCCAAAAGUACCUGAAUUAUUACAAGACCAUGGUGGAUGUGGACGAGUACCUUAUCGACUUGGAAGCACAACCCUAUGAGACAGUUUUUGUCAGAUCAGUGAAACUUUAUAACAGUGGCGAUUUCCGCAGCAGCAUUGCCGACAUGGAGCAUGCACUCUCCGAAUACUACAAGGCCUAUGAGAAUUGCCUGGCUGGCUGCGAAGGAAGCUAUGAACUCCGUGAAUUUAAGGACUUCUAUCCAGCCAUUGCAGAUCAUUUUGUUGAGGUCCUGCAGUGCAAAGUGGAUUGCGAGGCCGAUCUGAUACCAAAUGUAGGCGGCUACUUUGUGGAGAAGUUUGUGGCCACCAUGUACCAUUACCUUCAGUUUGCAUAUUACAAAUUGAAUGAUAUCAAAAAUGCAGUGCGAAGUGUAGCCAGCUACAUGCUUUUUGACCCUGGGGAUGAGGUCAUGCAGCAGAACCUGGUCUAUUACCGCUUCUACCGUGAGCGCUGGCAUUUGGAAGAAGAUGACUUCAACCCACGGCCGGAAGCUUUGCGCUACCACAAUCAGACAUCCACACAGAAGAAGCUCUUGGAAUUUGCCAGGCAGUAUCUGCAACCAGAUGAUGAGGGAGAAGUGGAAGAUGGCACAGAGACAAGUAAUGUAUCCUUGCCAUCAGAUGCUGAAUUUGAGGGUAUUGGUGACUAUGAAGAAGGAUUCUUGUCUGAAUGGUGGCAGGAGCCAAAGUCUAAAGGCGACAAAGCUGACCAAGAGAGGCUCGAGUGAAGGGGUAUGAUUCCCCACAUCAUCUCCAGGCAAGGGGGCGUCUUAAUUCUUUGCACCCAUGAAGGUUGAAGCAGGCUGGAACUGGCAGGUGUUUCCACAAUGAGUAGUUCAACACAUUUUGUAGCUUGGGACUCUUUGCCCUUCUGGUACUUUUAGUUUUGCCCGUCAGGGUGUGAGACGUUCCACUUUCAACACCUGCCAUGUAGGAUUUUUAAUUCCUCCCCAGAUUGGAGAGGCUGGGCAUGAGUACCUCUGAGCCAACUCAUGGUUCUUUCUUUUCUCUCUCACUCUCCUGUGGUGCUCCAUUUCUAGAAGAGUGCAAUGAACAGGCUUGAAAUCAAACCUUCAUGAAUGGGUCUGGUACAAGAGAAACAAAGUGCCUACUUCUGGUUUUACAUGAUCUCUGUUAUUGUUACCUCAAUACAUCCUAGAGUCUAGUGGUUUACACCAGUUCACAACCCAACUACUCUCACAUAUAAUAUACACAUACAGUGCAUUGAUUCCCCCAGAACCAAAUUUAAGUCAUUACCUCUUUUCUUAGUAGGCAGUAAUGUACCUCUUUGAGGAGGGAGGAGGGAGUUCCAGAGCCAAGAAGGCCCUCUCUCGUUCCCACCAACCACACUUGUGACAGUGGUGGGACCAAGGGAAGGGCCUCUCCUGAUGAUCUCAAGGAGCGAGUGGGCUGAUAGAAGAUGUCCCAUGGCUCAAUGCUGUGGAAUCCUGGAAUCUUUAAUUUGGUGAAAUAUUGGCGCUCAUUAGAAGGCUAAAAGCCUUAUAAAAUUAUCAUCCCCAUAAUGUCAUAGCAUUGAGCAAUUGCAGUUAAAGUGAUGUCAAACUGUAUUAAUUUUAUAGUGUAGAUAAACCUUGAGCUGGGGUGUGUGAGAGGAGUUUCAGAAAUUGUUUCUUGUUAUUAAACCAUUGGGAGCCAAAAAAACAAAAAGUCUUGUCAACAUGCUGCAAAUUACUCUGAGACCUCUACCAGCAGAUCUGGAUUGGCCCUUUGCCCACUUACUUUUUCAAAAACCAGACUUUCAACAUACAUGCCUUAAGUUGUGGAUAGUUUUGAGCACUGAGACUUGUGUGCUAGAAGCCAAAUAUGGAAAAAAGAAAUUUUUGGAUGACAUCUUUUUUUAAAAAAAAUAUUUUUAUUAAAGAUAGGAUAGGUUUCUUUUACAUAAAAAGUGGGAACAAUCCAAAAAAAUAGUAAAGUAAGGAAAAAAGAAGGAAAAGGGGGAAAGAGAAAAAUUAAAAAUGAGAGAAGAAGGGGGAAAAAAAGAAUGAUAUGUUCUUCCAUGUUUCUUCAUGGUGGAAAAAUUAUUUCUUUCUUCUUCUAUGGAUGACAUCUUCUUGAAUCUUCCAGCUGGGAACUGUAGUCCAAAAAUUACUUUUCUUAGCUCUGUGGAGAAAUCAGUUGACACAAGCUCUUUCUGACCCAGUUCCCAAACAAAGAAAUGGGUAUGUUCAUCUUUCCAAGUGCCUUUUUUAAAUUUUGUAAUGCUGCCUUUGUAAUAUUGUUUUCAGAUAAUUUAAUGUUUUUAGCUUUGUACAGAUUUUUAAUUAAUUUUAAGCUACAUUUUCAUAAAAUACUUUUGGACCUUG